AAGCAUCGUCAUCGUGGAACGUGCAGCUCCGGGAAAGAUAAACAACACUAUAAAUCCACUAGAUCGGAUCUGUCCCGGUUCUCGUCGGAAUCUCUUCACGGUAACCGGCGUUCUUCAUCCACCUCUACUUCAGUUAUGGAAGACGUCAAGGGCAAGGAGCUUAUUGAUGAUACUCUGACUGAAAAGAAGGUUUCUAAUGAACAACAACCAUCAUCUGAGCCUGAGGAAAAUGCGAUCAAGCAAAAGUAUGGAAUGUUGCCAAAGAAGAUCCCUUUGAUAUCCAAGGAUCAUGAGCGUGCGUUUUUUGACUCGGCUGAUUGGGCUUUAGGCAAGCAAAAAGGACAAAAGCCGAAAGGACCUCUGGAAGCCCUCCGCCCAAAACUGCAGCCAACACCGCACCAGCAACCAAGAGCGAGACGAAUGGCUUUAGCUUCAGGCCCUGAAGACUGUGAGACUGACAACAACGAACCUCUCGAUGACCAAGCUUGCGCAUCACCUGUUAACGAUGCUAACUCAAAGGAUGAUGGCAGCAGCGGCGAUGGUGACGUGAAAGACAGUAUCAAAUCGUGAACAAACAUUAUAGAUCUCUCUUGAGGAGCAACAACAAACAACACCACAAGUCAAUUUUACAGAAGAAUAAGCGACCAGGAUUGUUUUGCAAUCGGUUGUAAUAUCGAGUCUAUUACAUUUAUCAUACUUGCAAAUCUGUAUCACAUACGAACCUCGUGGUUUUGAAUGUCUAUUGAUUGCAAAAUGGUUUGCUUUAGUGAUCCAUCAAAGCCCUCUUCUUAAUCAAA